AUGCCAAAACUAGCCGUGGAUUUCUUCCUUUUAAUCUCCCCUAAUGCCUUAGUCAAUUACUGUCAUUGCUCUGCCUCUCCACUUCCCCAAUGAACGAGUCAGAGGAGGCUGGGUAUCAACAAGACUCAAUCUAAGACCACAAACAAACCCAUUCCAUGUGAAAAGACAGAAAUAACACAGGAAUGCCAAAUGCUUUCUUGGCAACCCCUUCGUCUAUUGGAUUGCUGACGGGAUAUAGACUGGGUCGAGGGAUAUGAGGGGUUUGGAAGAUUUCUCCAGUUGAUUGUCAAAAGAGAGCUGACUGAGGGGAGAAAUAAAGCAGGAGGAGGGUGACCUGGCAUUUCAGUGGACCAUAGGAUGGUGUUGCUUCUCCCCUGGCUGUUCAUUAUUCUACGGUGUGAGAAUUUUUGACUCUCCACCUUCAGGCUAGAAAAUGCCCAAGCUCAACUUGAAGAUGAAGGCAACUUCUACUCUGAAAACGUCAGUCGGAUUCUUGACAACUUGCUGGAAGGCUAUGACAAUCGUCUACGGCCAGGAUUUGGAGGUGCUGUCACAGAAGUCAAAACAGACAUCUAUGUGACCAGCUUUGGGCCUGUGUCAGAUGUGGAAAUGGAGUAUACAAUGGAUGUUUUCUUCCGCCAGACUUGGAUUGAUGAGAGGCUGAAGUUUAGGGGUCCUGCUGAGAUUCUUAGCUUAAAUAACUUGAUGGUUAGUAAGAUCUGGACUCCAGACACGUUUUUCCGGAAUGGGAAAAAGUCAAUUGCUCACAACAUGACCACCCCUAACAAGCUCUUCCGAUUAAUGCAGAACGGAACUAUCCUGUACACCAUGAGGCUUACCAUCAAUGCAGAUUGUCCCAUGAGGCUGGUGAACUUCCCUAUGGAUGGACACGCCUGUCCACUAAAGUUUGGGAGCUAUGCUUAUCCUAAAAGUGAAAUCAUAUAUACAUGGAAAAAAGGACCGCUUUACUCAGUAGAAGUCCCAGAAGAAUCUUCUAGCCUCCUACAGUAUGAUUUGAUUGGGCAAACAGUUUCUAGUGAGACUAUUAAAUCUAACACAGGUGAAUAUGUAAUAAUGACAGUCUAUUUCCACUUACAAAGAAAGAUGGGCUAUUUCAUGAUCCAGAUAUACACUCCCUGCAUUAUGACAGUCAUUCUUUCUCAGGUGUCUUUCUGGAUUAAUAAGGAGUCGGUCCCAGCAAGAACUGUCUUUGGAAUCACCACUGUUUUAACCAUGACCACCUUAAGCAUCAGUGCCCGGCACUCGCUACCUAAAGUGUCCUACGCGACUGCCAUGGACUGGUUCAUAGCCGUGUGCUUUGCUUUUGUCUUUUCUGCCCUCAUUGAGUUUGCAGCUGUCAACUACUUCACCAACCUCCAGUCACAGAAGGCAGAAAGGCGGGCUGCACAGACCGCAGCCCCGCCCCCGGUGGCAACAUCCAAAGCAACUGAACCACGAGAAGCUGAGAUUAUUGUGCACUCUGACUCCAAGUACCAUCUGAAGAAGAGGAUCAGCUCUCUGAAUUUGCCAAUAGUUUCAUCUUCUGAGGCCAGCAAAGUCCUCAGUAGAAUGCCCAUCUUACCAUCAACACCUGUCACUCCCCCACCGCUUUUACCAGCUGUUGGAGGCACCAGCAAAAUAGAUCAAUAUUCUCGAAUUCUCUUUCCCGUAGCAUUUGCAGGAUUCAACCUUGUGUACUGGAUAGUCUACCUUUCCAAGGACACAAUGGAAGUGAGCAGUACUGUUGAGUAGUUUGCAGCCCGGACAACCUGGAUACUGUAGCUUCUCGUUUGCCUCACUGACAGCACAAAAAUUAUUGAGGUUUGUAUAGAUGUUCUCAUUUCAUAAACGAAGUGAAAACUGAAUACCUAUAUUUCAUAAUGUGAAAUAAGUGUGUUUGGGUCAAAAGCAAUGAUGUUAUUCUUCAAAAUGAAAAUUAAAAGGCUACUGAAAAUGUGACUUUUCUAUACAGUUAAAUAAUAAUAAUAACAAUAAUAAUAAAUAUCAUUCAUCUACAUUGAUAAGGAAGAUUCAAAAUGAGUUUGCCAAACUUUGUCUUCAGUGUUCAAUAUGUCUAAUAAUCACCGUGAAUAACAUUUUCCAUAAAGCAGAUAAACUCAGACAUGCUGACAUUUCUAAAGCUUGCCUUAAAUUUGUUUAUUUUGGCUUAGUUUCUGGUCUAAAUAUUUAUUGGUAUGUUUAUACAGCAUGCUAGCAGCCUUUAUGAUUUUACAAGAGCUUUCAGUGGCACUGGACCACUUAAAUUGAGUUUAGACAUUUCUCUUUAACCUUGCUGUGUUCUUUUUACCUCAAUAAAAUGUGGCAUUAUAUACAUAUAAAUAAUACAUAGUUUAUAAAUUAUGUAUGCCCAUGUACAUAGCUUUAGUCAUGCUGCAAUAAUGUUGCUAUUUCCCACGAAAUUCACCUUUGAAAAGAAGAUGCUUACCAUAACACCAGGCAGUUGUGGGAAGGUCACUCUGUGCACUGUGACUGUUCAUUCUGAUUAUUGUUACUGCUCAUAUGUUCCGCCAACCUAAGUAUAAUACUAAAUAAAACCACAACAAGCCUGCA